AUGUCUACCAAACCCCACAUUGGCGUCAUCGGCGCGGGCUUAUCGGGCUUACGCUGCGCCGAUAUCCUCCUCCAGAACGGUGCGCAGGUGACCAUCCUAGAAGCACGAGAUCGGAUUGGCGGGCGAGUCCAUCAAGAGGAGGUCGGAGGUCAUUCGGUGGAUCUCGGCCCAAACUGGAUCCAUGGCACCGGUGCAAACCCAAUCAUGUCGAUUGCGGAGGCGACGCAGACCGUCACGUAUGAUCCGGAGGGUCGGAAUAUCUCCAUCUCGCGUGAUGGAAAUCUUAUUGAUGAGGAGACGGCAGCCAAGGCUGCGGAGUUCAUGUGGGCCACUAUCGAAGAGGCCUUCCAGUAUAGCAAUCAGCACGGGGAUACGAUCCCGCCCGAGCGAAGCUUGUAUGAUUUCUUUCAAGAGAAGCUUGAGCAGACCCAGUUCUCCCAAGAGGAGAAACAGAUUUGUCUGGACUCUUGCAAGUUCUGGGGCACCUAUGUGGGUGAUCCUAUUGAGCGGCAGAGCUUGAAAUUCUUCUACCUGGAGGAAUGCAUCGAUGGAAAUAAUUACUUCGUCGCCUCGACCUACAAACGUAUUCUGGAGCAUGUCUCCAAGACGGCGCUAUCGCAGGCUGAUAUUCGAUUCCAGCAGCCCGUCGUGAGCAUCUAUGCUCCACCGCGCGACGGCGAGCACGCUCAGCACCAGGUCACCGUAAGCACUGCUACAGGUGAGCGCUACAGCUUCGACGAAGUCGUUAUUACCUGCCCCUUAGGCUGGCUAAAACGCAACACGGGUGCAUUCUCCCCGGCCCUGCCAGGCCGGCUGCUUGAAGCCAUCACGAGCAUAUCCUACGGCCGGUUAGAGAAGGUCUACGUUACGUUCCCACAGGCCUUCUGGAACGCCAACCCAAGCUCAACUGCCAACGGGCAGCACACUGGCGCAACGAAAGGGUCUACUUCCGCCGAUGGUAAAGAUAUUGGCUCAAAUUCAAAUACCCCGGUGAAUCCCAUCUUUGCGCAAUUCCUCGAGCCAUCUUACGCUGAGCGCCCGGAUGGCCUGCCAUGGAACCAAGAAUGCCUUUCUCUCGCCGCAUUGCCAGCGUCCUGUGCCCAUCCAACUCUCCUGUUCUACACCUACGGGCCCUGCGCAACACACAUCGUUAAGCAAAUAAGGCAUUUGGCCCCCAGCUCACCAGAAUACAAACAGAUCCUUCUCGCCUUCUUAGAACCUUUCUACUCCAGGCUACCAGGAUACGAUGCUACCUCGCCAGACUGUAUUCCCACCGCAGUCAUGGCGACACGUUGGCAAGAUGACCCAUACGCCGGCCAUGGGUCGUACUGCAAUUUCCAGGUGGACUUGACGCAGGCGGACAAGGACAUCGAGGUGCUGCGUUCGGGGGCGGGCGUCGGGCCUGCGCGGGGCCUAUGGUUUGCGGGUGAGCAUACUGCCCCGUUUGUGGCGCUGGGGACGACGACGGGGGCUUAUUGGAGUGGGGAGCGGGCUGCGGUGCAAGUUUGCGAGAGUCGUGGAUUAGGCUGCGUGGGCACUGGUGUUGCGAGUAAUGACUCGAGCACUGAAUCAAUCAAUCAAUCCCUACUCUGUUAA